GCAAUGCAAGCCAACAGUGGUUCUAAAGGGGGGAGAGCAAAAUUAACGUUCAAGUUUCUAAGGCAAUAGCAAUCGCAUGUGAGAGCGCCAAUCGUUGGAUUACUAACUAACUAAUCAAGAUUUUUAAAGUUUUUGACUUCUGAAAUACGAGAAAGCAGCCAUGUGAGAGCACCUGAACUCUUGCUAGAUUUGAGGCUUACACAACUUCACAAUUCACGAACCACUCUGUUCUGAACAUCUAUAAAAGGAAUUCUAGGUAGCAUAUCUGCAUAUCAAUCCUACAACCAGGAGAAUAUAUAAUUCUUUCACCAACAAAAUGGCUCAAACAAUGGCACGCUUUGGAGUGUGCCUGCUGAUCGUCUACUUGACCAUUCAGGCAGAGGGAGCCCCUAAGAAGCCUAAGAAAGUGAAGUGCCGAGAUAAGAGGUUCCCAGACUGUUACCAUGUGAACCUCUACUGCCCUGACUCUUGCAAUCGCGAUUGUGUUGUGGAUUGUGCCACUUGCCAACCAGUUUGCGCAGCAUCCCCUACUCCUAUAAUCCCUCCACCACCCGGAUCUUAUUCUAGCCCUCCUCCUCCCAAGUCCCAGCCUCCAGUUUAUCAUUCCCCUCCUCCUACACCCAAGUCGAAGCCACCUCAUACCCCUCCUCCCCCACCAAAGUCGAAGCCACCUCAUUCUCCUCCUCCUCCACCGAAGCCAAAGCCACCUCAUUCCCCUCCUCCUCCACCCAAGUACAAGCCUCCUCAUUCCCCUCCUCCCCCACCAAAGUCGAAGACACCUCAUUCUCCUCCUCCUCCCAAAUCCAAGCCUCCUGUUUAUCAUUACCCUCCUCCCCCUCCUACCGCCCAUACGCCCCCAUCUUAUACUCCACCCCCUCCUCAAACCACCCCCACUCCCCCUUCUUAUCCUCCUCCUCCCACAACUUCCACUCCGGAACCUCCUGCACCUCCAAUUCUGCCACCACCGAGUUCAUCACCAAAGAAAGCUAAGUGCAAAAACAGGAACUAUCCACUUUGCUAUGGCCUGGAGCAUACCUGUCCUAGUGCCUGCCCUGGAGGAUGCGAGGUUGAUUGUGUCACCUGCAGCCCUGUUUGCCGUAAGUCUAUCCCCCUCUGCUUAGAUUGUCUUUAAUUUAAAAAAAAAAAAAAAACAAUUUGAUGAAUGACGGCUUU